GCAUUCCGAUAGGCAGAGGACCUGAUCAAGGCAGGUGAUUGAGUUGGCAGCUGUCUGGAUGCUCCCAUACGCGACGGCGGGCGAGGCGGAGGCGGCGCUGGGGCGCGCUCUGACAUGGGCGGAGGCGGCGUGGUUCCGGUACUCUGCGACGACGUCGGACUACUACCUCUACUGCCACCACGUGGUCAUCUUCCUCGUCGUCUACACGCUGGCCCCGCUCCCACUCGCAGUGCUCCAGCUCCGGGCACCGGCCAUCUUGUUGCCGUACAAGCUGCAGCCGAGGGUGCGUCUCAAGCCGGCAGCCUUCCUCCGGUGCUACGUCCGGACCGUGCGCGUCUUCCUCCUCGCCAUGGGCCCCGUCCAGCUCCUUUCCUACCCUGCCGUCAAGAUGGUGGGGAUAAGGACGGGGCUGCCGCUGCCGUCGGCGGGAGAGACGGCAGCGCAACUGGCGGUGUAUUUGCUAGUGGAGGACUACCUUGGGUACUGGGUGCACCGGCUGCUGCACACCAAGUGGGGAUACGAAAAGAUUCACCAUGUCCACCAUGAGUACACGGCGCCCUUCGGCUACGUGGGGCUGUAUGCACACUGGUCCGACGUGCUCAUCAUCGGCUUCCCGGCUUUCGUCGGCCCGGCUCUUGUGCCCUGCCACAUGACCACCUUAUGGCUUUGGUUCCUCAUACGCCAGCUAGCGCUCCUAGAUGCGCACAAAGGGUUCGACUUCCCGCUCAAUCCGGCAAAGUUGAUCCCGUUCUAUGGAGGAGCACCACACCAUGACUACCAUCACCGUGUAGGACGGAAGAGCCAGAGCAAUUUCGCUUCUUUUUUCACCUUCUGUGACUAUAUAUACGGGACGGAUAAAGGCUACAUGUUCCAUAAGGCAAGCCUAGCAAAGCUGAAGGAGGUGGCACAAAACAGUACGUAGAAAAGAGACACGAUGAAUUCUAUCGGUGGGAAGCAUAGAUAUCAAACACAGUUGCCGUCCUAGCCUGGCGCGCGCUUAAUCUCUCUUGCUACCUCCAAUAUAUAAUGCAGUGCUUCGUCUAGCAAUUUUCACAAAUAUUCCAUCUUCCAGCAUCAUUUCAAGAUUAGUAAAACUCGUGUGUGCACUAAAUAUUGUAUAAUUAUGUACAGAGAGUUAAUUUCUCAUUCUAAUACUAAGAAUAACAAAAAAUAAAUAGAAAGU